CACCAUCAAUACAUUAAAGCAACAUAAACUAUUUUCAAUCAUGCAAUCUGCUUCCCAUGAAUAUCCACCACCACCACCACCACCACACGGCCAUCCACCAUUGGCACCACCGCCGGCACAAUACCCACCUGGUAUUCCACCUCCACCCAUGGUCUCUACUGGCCAAUGGUCUAGUGGCCUUUGUGAUUGUGGCUCAGAUGUCACAAAUUGUUGCAUUACGUGUUGGUGCCCUUGUAUUCCUCUCGGACAAAUUGCCGAGAUUGUAGAUAGGGGAAAUACAUCAUGUGCUGUACACGGAUCCCUUUACACGGUUAUUCUCCUCCUGACAGGAUGUCAAUGGAUAUAUUCAUGUAUGUAUCGGUCUAAAAUGAGACAACAAUACUUGUUACCAGAGGAACCAUGCAACGAUUGUCUUGUCCAUUUUUGUUGUGAGCCAUGCGCAAUGUGUCAAGAGUAUCGGGAGCUCAAACAUCGUGGAUUUGACAUGUCUCUUGGAUGGCAUGGAAAUAUGGAGAGGCAAAACAAUGGAGUUAUGAUGCCAGUGUUUGCUCCCGCUCCCAUGGAAAUGAAACGUUAAUUAUUUGUAAUGAAGUUUGAAAAAGCUUUGAAUUACUUAUGAGUGCAUAAAGGUUUAAGAUAUAAUGUGUGUACAUUAUCUAUUUUUGUUUAUAAUGAAAAUCUACCUUGGUCA